UCUUUGCGAACUGAAGACUCGGAAGGGUGACAAUGGCGCAAGGGAAACAGAAGUUUAAAGCACAGCGGCCAGGAGGAGUGAAAAAACAACAACAACAGCACAAACAGAAGGGUCCUAAGAAAGGAGGAAGAGUAAUUGCCCCUAAAAAAGCACAUGUUGUCCAGCAACAGAAAUUGAAAAAGGGCCUAGAGGUGGCAAUAAGGAACAGGAUUGAGCAGGAAGUCACACAGAGAGCGAGCUCCUCUCUGCACAAGAGCCUGAAUGUGCUGAAAAGCGGUGCGGCACAGGGCAGUGGACCCCCAGGCCCUUCCACCAGCUCCUCUAAAUAGGGAGGUCACUGCAGGGUGUGGCUUCCAUUGUCACACUGUGGUUUUCUUGGCUCAAAUAGGCUCAGAACUGGUGUAAUACUGUGUACCUCUCCCACCAUCUACAUUCUCAUUGGUGUCGGUGUUUCUAUGGAGACUUUUCUUCCUCUCACUAUAAACAUCUUGAAAUUAAUGAUACUAAGAAAACUGGGCCCACAAAGCAUAUCCUAUCUGUAAGGGCAACUGUUAGCGUAGGGGUUAGAGUUGCUGCCUUUGGAUCCGAUGGUUUCUAGUUUGAAUCUCACCAACUGCUGUAGUGCCCUUGAGCAAGGUGUUUACUAUGUUGGCUCAGUAAAAAAAAAAAAAAAAAAAAGU